CACAGCUGCUCUGCAGAGCCCGCACCCGCUGUGCUCCUUCUGCAUACAGCAGGCGAGAGGAGCCAUGCAGACCGCCGUGCUCCUCGGCCUCCUGGGCGCCGCAGCUCUGGCCGCUGUCAGCUCAGCUCCAGUGGAUAACAGGAAUCACGAUGAAGAAAUGGUGACUCGUUGCAUUAUUGAAGUCCUCUCAAGUGCUCUGUCCAAGUCCAGUGUUCCAACUGUCACCCCCGAGUGCCGGCAAGUCCUGAAGAAGAGUGGGAAAGAGGUCCAAGGUGAAGAAAAAGGUGAAAAUGAGAACUCAAAGUUUGAAGUACGGUUGCUAAGAGACCCAGCUGAUGCCUCAGUAGCCCACUGGUCCUCCAGCAGGGAGGAAACAGGAGCUCCAGGAGAAGACACUCAAGGCCAGACAAAGACAGACAAUGAGAAGUGGGUAGAAGGAGGAGGACAAAGCCGAGAGGGAGUAGAUAAGCCCCAGGAAAGCCUCCCUCCCUCCAACCAACAAGAGUCCAAAGAAGCAAAGAUACACCAUUCGGAAGACAGUGGGGGAGAGGAGAAGGAGGAAGAAGGCAAGAAUUACCCAAAAGGGGAGCACAGGGAAGAUGCUGGCGAAGAGAAAUACCUCGAAGCUCAGGGAGAGAAACAGAGCACCUUCUCCAACAAAAGAAGCGACACUACGGGUAAGAAAAAAGAGGAGUCCUGGAGCAGAGCAGAUACACACUCUGCGGGGCUCUAUGAGAAGACACACAGCCGGGAACAAGGCAGCCAGGAGAGCGGAGAGGAGGCAAGGAGGCAGGAGAAACAACCCCAAGAGCUUAGCCACCACGACCAGAGCAAAGAAGAAUCUGAGGAAGUCGAGGAAGACGGGACCUCUGAAGUAACCAAACGAAGGCCCAGACACCACCAUGGGAGAAGCCGGCCCAACAAGUCUUCUCAAGAAGGGCAUCCUGUAUUGGAGGAAAGGAGACAUGGCCCCGAGGAAUCGGAGGAGGCAGAUGUGACCACAGCUAGUUUCGGGGAAAAGAGGGGCUACCAUCCAACCCACUACAGGCCUUCAGAGGAGGAUCCUGAAUAUGGGGAAGAAACAAGAAGCUAUCCAGGCUUUCAGGUUCCCGAGGGCCUCCAGGGACCACAGUACGGGGGCAGAGGAAGUGAAGAGGACAGAGCCCCAAGAACUCAGAGUGAGGAGAGCCAGGAAAAACAGUACCAGAGAAGCCACGCCAACUCUGAACUUGAAAGCACGGCAAACAGACACCGUGAAGAAACUGAGGAAAGGAGGGGCUAUGAGGGAGCAACGGGAGGCCAACACAGAGGUCGGGGAGGUGAGCCAGGUGCCUAUUCUGCCCCUGACACCAGAGAAGAGAAAAGGUUCCUGGGUGAAGGACAUUACCCCGUUCACGAAGGCCCAAUAGAUAAGGCAAAAAGAUAUCCACAAAGCAAAUGGCGAGAACAGGAGAACACCUACCUCAACUAUGGUGAGGGAGGGGACCAAGGGAAAUGGUGGCAACAGGAAGAGCUGCUAGACCCGGAAGAAAGCAGGGAGGAAGUGAGGUUUCCAGACAGACAAUACGCACCCUAUCCCACCGCUGAAAAGAGGAAGAGGUUAGGGGUGCUACUCAACCCCUACUUUGACCCUCUCCAGUGGAAGAAUAGUGAUUUUGAGAAAAAAGACCACCCAGAUGACAACUUCCGCGAAGGUGAAGACGGAAACGGGUUGACCUUGGCUGAGAAGAAUUUCUUCCCGGAGUACAAUUACGAGUGGUGGGAGAAAAGGCCCUUCUCGGAGGAUGUGAACUGGGGAUACGAGAAGAGAAGCUUUGACAGGGCCCCUCAUCUGGACUUCAAAAGGCAGUAUGAUGACGGAGUGGCUGAACUGGACCAGCUCCUUCACUACAGGAAGAAGUCGGCCGAAUUUCCGGACUUCUACGACUCGGAGGAGCAGGCGGGGCCUCGCCAGGAGGCAGAAGAUGAAAAGGGCAGGGCUGACCAGAGAAUUCUGACCGAGGAAGAGAAAAAAGAACUGGAGAACCUGGCUGCCAUGGAUCUGGAGCUGCAGAAGAUAGCGGAAAAGUUCAGUCAGCGGGGCUGAGACGGUCGGAGAGUCGGGGUCGGAGAGACGGAAGGAUACCACCGAUUCACCCCAAGGCAGAAAGCUGAGCUUACUAUUUAUUAAAUAUUUGAUGCAGUUGGAAAUACCUUUUAUCUUUGCCAGAAUGCUAAUGCUGUGUGACUAGAGUGACUUGUAGCAUAUUCUCUGUGAAAUAGA